CCGGAGGACCCGGAAGCUGCGCCCGUUGCCGCGGUAACGGCGACACCGGCGAGGGACCGAACCGGGACCGAACCGGACCGAAGCGGGACCGAAGCGGGACCGAACCGGACACUGGGACCGGACAGGGACCGAACCAGCCCUGCUCGGACCGAACCGGGACAGAACCGGGACCAAACCGGAACAGAACCGGGAUCGAACCGAGACAGAACCGGGACCGAACCGGGACAGAAGCGGGACGGAACCAGCCCUGCUCGGACCGAACCAGGACAGAACCGGGACACUGGGACCGAAUCGGGACCGGUGAGACCGAACCAGGACAGAACCGGGACACUGGGACCGAAUCGGGACCGGUGAGACCGAACCGGGACAGAACCGGGACCGAACCGGAACCACGGGGACCGGAUCGGGACAGAACCGGGACCGCUGUGACCAGACACGCACCGAGAUAACCCUGCUCGUACCGAACCGGGAGCGGUGGGACCGGACCGGGACAGAACCGGGAGUGCUGGGACCGGACAGGGACCGAACCAGGCCUGCUCGGACCGAACCGGGAUAGAACCGGGAGAACUGGGACCGAUUCGUGACCGAACCGGGACCAAAGAGUGACCGGUGAGACCGAACCGGGACCGAAGCGCGGCCGGUAAGACCGAACCGGGACCGAAGGCUGACGGGUGGGACGGGACCGGUACCGAACGGCACCCGGCGGUACCGAACGGCUCCCGGCAGCCCCGGCGGUACCGGCGGUACCGGCCCCAUGGAGCCCGACGCGCUCGUGCAGUGCCCGUACGACCGGAGCCACCAGGUGCGCGUGUCCCGCCUGCCCUAUCACCUGGUGCGGUGCCAGCAGAACAACCCGCAGGUGUCGCGCUCCUUGGCCACCUGUCCCUUCAACGCGCGGCACCGCGUGCCCCGAGGGCACCUGCGCAGCCACGUCAGCAGCUGUCCCGACAAACUGCCCCUGGAGCUGCCCCCAGACCCCGAGGACGCGGCCGGGGCCCCCUGGGAGCCGCCCCAGGCCUGGCAGCCGCCGCCGUGCCGGGAGGACUGGGACGCAGAGCUGAGCGAGCUGGAGCAGGAGCAGCCGCCGCCGUUCGUGCUGCACGUGACCAAGGGUGACCUGCCUGUCCCCUGCCCCAGCCCCGACCCCGCCACCCCCCCGGAGGGGCUGUCACCGCGGAAACCGCGCCUGGGGACAUCGGGAGCGCGCUUGGGGACAUCGGGAGCGCGCUUGGGGACAUCGGGACCGCGCCUUGGACCAUCGGGAGCGCGCCUGGGGCCGGAAGGAGCGCGCGUGGGGACAUCGGGAGCGCGCUUGGGGACAUCGGGAGCGCGCUUGGGGACACCGGGAGCGCGCUUGGGGACAUCGGGAGCGCGCGCGGGGCCGGCCGGGGGGGUCCCGGGCCCCCCAACCCUGCGCUGCUUUUGGGAAUAAAAACGGCUCCGAAAGGCG